CUUCUUCGUUCUUCACAACCCUCACUUUACUUCUCCUCUUUACUGUUAACCCUAGAUCUUCUUCUCCUUUUCAAUGGCGUCCUCUGAUGUUGAGUACCGGUGCUUCGUUGGAGGUCUAGCCUGGGCCACCAAUGACCAAGCUCUCGAGACUGCCUUCGCUCAGUACGGCGACGUUGUUGAUUCCAAGAUCAUCAACGACCGUGAGACCGGAAGGUCAAGGGGAUUCGGAUUCGUGACCUUCAAGGAUGAGAAAUCAAUGAAGGAUGCGAUUGAAGGAAUGAACGGACAAGAGCUCGAUGGACGUAACAUCACCGUCAACGAGGCUCAAUCACGAGGAAGCGGUGGCGGAGGCAGCCGUGGAGGAGGAGGUGGCGGUGGAUACCGCAGCGGAGGAGGUGGUGGUGGUUACAACGGAGGAGGCGGUGGAUACGGCGGUGGAAGACGCGAGGGAGGAUACAGCGGUGGUGGCGGCGGAGGUGGUUACUCGAGAGGAGGUGGCGGCGGAGGAUACAGCAGUGGUGGAAGACGUGAAGGAGGAGGAGGAUACGGUGGUGGUGGUGAUGGAGGCGGAUACGGAGGUGGAAGCGGUGGAUGGUAAUUCCCUUAAUUAGAUUGGGAAUUAUCAAAUGUCGUCUCUUUCUUUUUCGCUAUGGUUCUGAUGCUUUGGUUUGGGUUCUAUCGUGUGUUUCGGUUUCUGCUUCUUCUGCUCUCUGCUUAGAUUUUGAUGUAACAGUUCGUGAUUUAGGUAUUUUGGUAUCUGGAAACGCAAUGUUAAGUCACUGUUUGGUUCUCUAAAUAACAAAAAUUUUCUCGUCGAGAUUUAUCUUA